UGAUGAAAAGUAACGACCGGGGCCAAAAUACUUCUCAAUUUUUGACUUAUGAAAACUAUCCGAAACUUUUUAUUCGCAAUCGUAGACCGUCGUUGUUUUGUGUAUUUAGUGUGGUCUAUUGGAUAGAUGUAGAAGAAAUUCAGUUUUUUUUCUAGUUGGUUGUCUACAAAAUUUUCGAGCAAUGAGUGAACAAUUAUCCUUCCUAUGUGAGAGUAAGAGAUUAGCAACUUUCAAAAAUUGGGUUUUUUCAAAAAAGCAUCGAUGCAAUGAUAAAAAGAUGGCUGAAGCAGGAUUUAUUUUUGUUGGUUCUACAGCAGAACCAGACUUAGUUAAAUGCUUUUUCUGCGACAAGCAACUAGAUGGAUGGGAAAAAGACGACGAUCCAUGGGAUGAACACCGUAGGCACUCUACCGAAUGUGAAUUUGUAUUAAAAAAUAAACCUGAAGAAAUGAUGACUCUCAAUGAAAUUUUGGAUUUAGAAGAAGCUUUUCUAAUAAAAAAAGUUUCAGAUUUUUUCGAUAAAAAAAUUGAAGCUUUAGAUCAAUUUUUUGAAUCUGUAAAAUGUAAACAGACUGAGAAUGUUUUAAAAAGUUUGCGAUAAAAACUAUUUAAUUGUGUUAUUGUGAUUUUGAUUAAGAUGUAAGGUUUCAUAAUCCAUAGUGAGUCUUUCAAAUAGAAAUUCUGCAAAUUGUAUAUCCAAAAUAUUGUAUAUGGGAAAUAAAAAAAUAUCAAAUUUUA